UCGAAGGUAGGUUCUAAUUUGAAAGUUUCGAGGCUAGGCUCUGUACAAACCGCACCCAAUUAUUUUCUCAAUCUAAGAGAAAAUAAGCCCCGUUACGAAACGAAAUUAGAGAGAGAGUGAAGGGAAUUUAUGCUCUCGUUCUUGUCUCUUCGGGAACUCCUCCGUUUCUACGAUUUUUUCUGUAGAUUUGUGACAGCCGAUCAGGCAAUCAAUCCUCCCUUGUUUGAAACUCAAUCACAAUAUGUCAGACAUGAAAGCAGAUGAUGCUAGAAAGAUGGAGAACACCGUUGAAGAGCAUAUGGAUGAAAAUUUCCCUGAUGACGAUGUAAACACUAUAGAUAAAAAUGGAAAAGGAAAAGAGGAAGAGUGCACUAACAUGCCAUCUUCCCAAGCAGAGGAGGAUGUGGUUAAGAAAAAGUAUGGAGGUAUCAUACCAAAAAAGCCUCCUCUCAUUUCGAAGGACCAUGAACGUGCUUUCUUUGAUUCUGCUGAUUGGGCACUUGGAAAGCAAGGUGCGCCUGCAGGUCAGAAGCCAAAAGGUCCACUGGAGGCCCUUCGGCCUAAACUUCAGCCCACCCCUCACCAGCAAGUUCGUUCCCGGCGAUCAUCUUAUGCCCGUGCUGAUGGUGAAGGAGGUACUUCUGAGGAUCCAAGCUGCAAUGAGUAAUGAGUGAGAGAUUUUCAUGAAAUCGGCAAGCAUUUUCAUGUCUCCUAUUGUUUCCAUCCUUCCACAUAAAUGAGGCCAAUAAUUGUUCCUUUGUAUUUCAUACUGGAUGAGUUUUUUCUCUUCCAUUCCUAGUGAUAUAUUAUGAUGCGAUGGGGGAAUUCAGUGUUCCAGUUUUAUGUAUCUCUCUGUAACUACUUUUUAGGAGCGUGACAAGGCCAUCACAAAUCAAUAUUUUACUUUUU